AUGAAGCUCGGUUACAUCAUUUUGGCUUUGUUAAUGGUAGGAAUCGUAUCCGGUGAAGUUUCACCUGCUCCGGCUCCGAUUGAGCAUUAUUUGGCGUCUCCGAAAACGGAAAUGUCUCCAGCUCCUUCGUCUCCGACGAUGUCUCCGUUUCCGGGAGGUAGUAAUCUCAAUCAUACUGACGUUACCGGAAUGGAAGGAGAAGAAUCCUCCGGAGACGGUGGAAAUGGCGGCGGGAAGAUGGCCGGGAUCGCGGUUGGAGCGAUAGCAGCUGCGAGUAUGGUCGGCGUCGGUGGAUAUGUGUUGAAGAAACGGCGAGAGAACAUUCGUCGAUCAAGAUAUGAAUACGCCGCGACUGAGAUCUUUUGA